AUGGACAAAGCUCACUUCUCAGUCUCAUUUCAGCUUGAGUAUCUCAUUGUUAACGAGAGGGCCACCGGUUCAGUUGGCGGACGAAGUGAAGGCGGAGACGACGAUGACGAUGGUGAAGGCGGAGACGACGAUGACGAUGACGAUGACGACGACGACGAGGAGGAAAACGAUGACGAGGAUGAAGACGGUGAAGAAGAGGUAAUAUAUGUCCAAAUUUAUAUAAUUUUCUGCAUAUACUUCAUUUCUCUCAUCUGGGACUGGGUUGCGUUCUCUGUUGGUGCCGGAGAUAUGGGUCCCACUUCAUCGUCCGGUGUCAGUAACAUGCAAGAUCUCAGAUGUUAUAGCGCCUCCUAUGCAUCCUCCGUCUACCCAACACAAUCCCAAGCCCAAACCCAGGUCGGCAACAAUGAUGUUCGGUUCAAAAAGGGCAAGUCUGCAAGUGGGUCUGUUUCUAAGAGCUGGAGUUUCAAUGAUCGGGAGCUGCAACGAAAGAAGCGAGUCGCUAGCUAUAAGGUUUACAGUGUAGAAGGGAAAGUUAAAGGCUCUUUCAGAAAGAGUUUCAGGUGGCUCAAGGACAGGUGAACGCUUCUCUCAUCUGGGACUGGGUUGCGAGGAGUUUCUCUCAUCUGCGACUUCUGGCCAUGGAUUUUAAUAGAAUAUUUAUUAAAUUAUUUUGUUGAAAUUAGAAAUAAAAAAUUAAAAAAAAAUACAGAUUUCGGUUUGAAUCGAACCGAACCGAACCGAACCGAUUUUUA